AUGUCUUUGCUUUGGCUCGAAAAUGUUCUUCAAGUCAAGACUGAAGUUUCCUGCUUUGAAUACCAGGGCAGUAGUGCGCCUACUGCUUCAACAACAGCAGACUUGGUCCUAAUAUUCCUCAAAGUGAUCGCCCGCGGGAUGGGCCUACAGAUGGGGGUGGUGGGUCGGAAGGCCAGGUUCACCCUCUACCUGAGCAGCACCUCGGGACUCGACCUGGUGGUGGAGGUGAAGAACGAGAUAGGUGACUACUGUAGCCAUCGGAUCACCAAUCGCUCACCCUCAAGGAAGAGGAACCUCCCCAAAGACACGCUUAUGGCAUGUCACAACAUUCCCCUAGAGUACGAGCUGAGAGAUUGUGAGGUCCGGGUGGCGUGGGUGCCUCUCCAGCACGCUCGUCACUCCCUCGUCAUCAUCUGGCGGGGGCAGCACGUCGUCGGCUCCCCCUACACCGUCCUCGUCGACCAAUCACAGCACAACUCACCCGCCCACACGUGUAAGAUCCUGCGACCUCUGAUGGAUAGCGACACGGAGCCUGAAGGAGGUACUUCCGGGAACACCAGCAGACGCAGCUCACUCACCAAUAAGGAUACAGUUGCCAUGCCUACCGUCAUGUCCUACAGAGCCCAGGCUGGUGCCCUGAGGUUCAUGAGUAUCCUUCGUCGUCGGGUGGUGAGACGUGUGCUGCAUGUGGGUGACGAGGACGUGGUGCUUCAGGGUAACGAGAGUAUCGGCAGAUCCUCUGAGGCUCGUCAGGCGUUCCAGAAGAUAAGGGCGAACUCUAACGAAAACUUGGAAGACAUGUUGGCCUACAGAACUUUCAGACACUGUUUCUCAGCUCCCUCUUCCCGGAGAUCUUCACAACAAGUGGAUGGUAAAGUACCUCUUCUGCCUGGUAUCUUUUCAUUCGAUUCUCAAAAGGCGAAGCUGAUGGAGAAGUUAAAAUGUGUAAGUCAGACGCCCACCAAGACUACGUAUGAAGAGUCGGCAGAGGAAGGUGAGGACGUUACCCAGGAGUGUCGUCAGGAGGAAGAGGACAACCAAGAAGACAGUCUCGAGGUUCCUUGUCUGGAGACCGAUGAUGAAUCUCAAGAAAGUGUUAAGUGUAUAAAUCAGUUCGAAAGUGUGGAAACUAGAAAGAAUAUAGAAAACCUGACUUCACAGGUAGAAAGAGUAAGUGAAGAAGGUAUCGCUAGUACCAUCUUGGAUGAGACGGCAUCAUCUUCCGAGGACAUAUCAUCUGGGAUUGCUGGGGUUGAUGAGGAACCUAAAGAUAAUGUCCAAAAUUCAGAUAAAGACGAGUCUGAUUGUCCAUCUCAAGGGAUAUUACCUGAGGUUCCUCAUUCUGAAAAUGGACAGAAUGAACAGUGUUUAAUUAAUGAAACUUUAGAUGACUCGAGACCCCAUAAGGAGGCCGCAGGCAUACUUCGCACUUAUUCAAACCAACAAGAUUUAAAAGAGCCAGAUAUGCUUGUCACGUCUGGUGUUGGAGAUGUAUUCGAGGGGGACGCUCUAAGUAACUUGCGCGACGAAAUGAAAGAAAGCACAGAGCCCUCAGUCCAUGAAGUCAGCUUUGCAGACCAUAAAUCCCGGAGAAGAAAAACAAAUCGUGAUGUAACAUCUAAAAGUGUGGCAGAAGAUUCAACUGAACACUUUGAACAGACCUGCAACAGUAUUAUGAAUAUGUGUGAUUUCAUCAUCGAACAUAGCCCAAAGAAAGAAGCUCUCAAAACAGUCGAAAUUGCGUCACGAAUCAUGGCUUACAACUUUAAUGAAAUGUCUGAUUCAUCUCAUUCCUUGGCAUCUGAAGACAGCGGACAAGACUUCUCAGGUGAGGAGGAUGUGACACGCGUCCAUGAUGAAUAUGAAGAGGACGAUGACGAGCUACUUGAGUCUGUAAUGGACGAGCAGGGGACCGUUUUGAGCAUCUCCUUUGGCAGCACCAACCAGGACGACUCUGACGGAGAAAAUACAGAUAUAUCUGAACCUUUGGAUAGCUCUGAAGGAUCAGAACUAACUAAAGACAGCCUGGAGGGCUCAGAUAAUGGUCACAUGAACAGCUGCCACGACGAAACACCCCUUGUCAUCCCCGAAGUAGUUGUUCAAGAGGAGGCCGAGUGUCAAGCAACUAAGGCUGAUAUUGAAUUAGACACCAAAUCGAGGCUGGCUCUGGCUUGCCUCGAGGCCAAUUCUGAUAUGGACUAUCUUCACACAAUCGAUGAGGAAACUGAACCGAGCUCAGUUGGCGAUGAUGAUAGGUGGGCCUCCGAGUUAGAGAUCUGUGAGGAGCUACAUGAAGAAGAUGUGAACUUCUUUGACGUGAUGGAUAAGUGGCGUGACCGAAAUGAGCGUACGAAGGAACACAGCGACCAGCUGGAAGAACCAAUUGUAGGAAUAGCUGAGGUGGUCAGGGAAAUACUGGGACAAGACAGGUCGCUUGUUAAACCAUCGGUAGAAAUAGAAAAAUCACGCACAGCCAUAGCCGAAGUUGUACAGUUGCUUGAACCACCAGAAGAAAUGAAUGAACCAUAUGAGAAGGAAACUGUGCCAAAUGAAGCAGAGAUUGAAUCAUGUAGGGAACAGACACAACCACCUGUAUGUAUAGAUGAGCCACAUCAAGAGAUAACCGAUGUUCUUCAACUGCUGGAGCCAAAUUAUGGAAUAGUUACACCAUCAACAACAAUGGAGGAGAAACAAGAGGAAUUAGAGAGAGGUAAUGAGAAUCAGGUUGAGGUGAUUGAAGACAGCGGGAAACAGAUGAAGAUCAAUAAGAAUCAGCUGGAAAGAAGCAUUGAGGAGGAGGAGGAGGAGGAGGAGGAGGUGAGAAGCAAGAAGAACCACCUGGAGGUUAUAGUUCCUCUGAAGACCAACAACGACGUCUCACAGACCAAUGAAGGUAUAUCAGUGAUCAGUGAAGACCAUUGGCAGACUACCAUAGACCUCUUGGAUAUCACUGAAGAUCUGCAGACCACAGAAGAUCUACAGUCUAAAGAAGAUCUGCCAGAGACUCCCGAAGACCUGCCAGAGACUCCCGAAGACCUGCCAGAGACUCCCGAAGACCUGCCAGAGACUCCUGAAGACCUGCCAGAGACUCCUGAAGACCUGCCAAAAGCUUCUGAAAAUCUGUCACUACUAGGUCAGGGAAAUGCUGCAAGACAACCCAGUGGAAAGCCAAUUGAAGAGUCGCAGGAAUAUACACUGUUGAGUCAAGCAGUUAAGGACCAGACAGAGGUGGAGGGAAACACUGAGAAACACGAGGAAUUGGAGAGAGACAGUGGAGACCAGAUUGGGGUGGAGAGAAACACUGAGAAACACGAGGAAUUGGAGAGAGACAGUGAAGACCAGAUUGAGGUGGAGAGAAACACUGAGAAACACGAGGAAUUGGAGACAGACAGUGAAGACCAGAUUGAGGUGGAGAGAAACACUGAGAAACACGAGGAAUUGGAGAGAGACAGUGAAGACCAGAUUGGGGUGGAGAGAAACACUGAGAAACACGAGGAAUUGGAGAGAGACAGUGAAGACCAGAUUGAGGUGGAGAGAAACACUGAGAAACACGAGGAAUUGGAGACAGACAGUGAAGACCAGAUUGGGGUGGAGAGAAACACUGAGAAACACGAGGAAUUGGAGACAGACAGUGAAGACCAGAUUGGGGUGGAGAGAAACACUGAGAAACACGAGGAAUUGGAGAGAGACAGUGAAGACCAGAUUGGGGUGGAGAGAAACACUGAGAAACACGAGGAAUUGGAGACAGAGAGUGGGAAUCAGAUCGAGGAGAUUGGAGACAUCGGGAACCAAAUUAAGAAGAUGGAGAUCAAUAAGAAUGAGCUGGAAAGAAGUAAUGAGGAGCAGGAGGAGGUGGUGAGAAGCGAGAAGGGUCAUCUGGAGGCUACAGGCACAAAAGAUGAGGUAGUUGAGCUUCCACUUAGGUUAACAAACGCGUCUGAUUUACUUUUUGAGCAACUUGGGUUGUGUAGCCUCUCAGGAACACACACUAAGGAGGCUGUGAGGAGAGAAGGGAAGUGUCCAGAGGUUACCGUGAAGAGUGAGAGUUAUUUGGGUAUUCAUUCGACAACUUUGAGCAACUCAUUACCGUCCUCAGCUUCUGGGGAGGUCGAUUUGAUUACAUCGUCUAAAGUAUCUCAGAGACAAAAAAUGUUUGAGAAUAAUAUGAAGUAUGAAAAAGACAAGUUAGGAGGAGAGCGAUAUUUUGUCCCAGUUGAGAUUCCCGAUGAAAAGUUAAAGACGCAGCAAAAGGACUCGGCAGAAGGCCAGUCGGAAAAGAGGACUUAUGUGUGCGGUUCUGUCACAAGGUAUAGAUCUAUGUUCGAAACCAGAUCUUUGGAAGAAAUCUCAUAUCUUCAGAGAGAUAAGAAGCCAACUGAAUGUGAGAAUAAGACGGAUUCUCGGGACUUGACAAUACCCAAUAAUCAGGGUAACUUAAAUGAGUCAAGAGUUGUUGAACUUGAAAAGGAAUUAAUACCGGAAAUUCCCACAGAAAAUCCUCAAGUUCUACCAGCUACAGAAGACAUAACUAUAAAACUUACACGUAAUGUGAAAAAUAAGGUGAUCAAGGAAAGAAGUAAAUCUUGCAUAAAUGUUUUUCCUCUUCCAGUAAUAUCUCCUGAUAUGGAUCUACUGAAUCAGUACAGGGUAGACACAGUACCUGGCAACACGAGAGACGUAGCCCGCGAAGGUUCCAAGGAAGCUCUCGGUAUUACCUCAAACAAGGGUACAGUAAAAGGUCUAGAUAAAUUCAGUAGUCUGUUGACAUCGACAGACAGUAUACCGCCCCAACAGAGAAGUAUUUCUCCAACACUUCAGUUACUACAGGAGAGGAUCAGGCGCUCUAAAGCAAAGAGAAUCGCUUACAGCACCUAUGUCAAGCCGGCCACGAUUGUCCUGGAGAAGGACAAGAGAGUGUCGCGGCUCAGGUCAGUCUUUGAGCAGUCCAGUCAAGGUUCACAGAGAUCACCAAGACCCUUCUUGAAGAGGAUGAAGAGAUUCAUUAUUGAGGGUGAGAAAUUUGAUACACCAGAGACGGAGAAAAGGAAGGACUCGCCUCCUGACAGUGACACUACAGCGCUGCCUGUGGAUGGAACUCAUUCAGUUAAGGAAGAAGUUUGUGUGGAAGCUCUCGAACUAAUUACCUCUGUUUCUUCUGCAGUGGGAAAUAAUUUAAACAACAAAUUAUCUCCGAAUGAUGAAUGCAUUCCUUGUGUUGGGAAAGUUAAUAGUACACCGCAUGUCGGAGAAAUUUUCGUAGACCAAAUGGCUGCAUCUCUAAGUCUCCAAACUGAAGAAAGCUCGAAGAGUCUAGUCACGUCAGUAACCGAAGAUGAUGCAGUAAUUUGCUCCUCAGAUCUUCUCGAGGACGUGUCCCGUCAACACACAAUAGAAGAGGAUGUUGAACAGAAGCCAGAAAUCAUCGCACAGACUCCAGGAGAAUUUGAACUCCAGAAAAAAUCCCAGAAACUGGUGGUAGCGCUGUCGAACAUGGAGAGAGACAUCAAAGAAGUGCAGAUGUCUGUAAAACGACUCAAUGAUCACUAUCCAGUCAUACCACAGGAUGAUGUAGACCAAGUUAAAGUGUCUCCCCAAACUGCCAAAAACUCCGAUAUCAACCUCAAAUUAUCUUCAAACGAACAGUCACUUCUGACCACAAGUGAAGCAAGUUCAGACGAACAGAAAGUUGCACGCCGUGGGAAGGUGCAUCUGUUAAUGCAGCUCUUUAGUAAUCCAGAAGCGAAUCACUCAACGCUGAGGAAAACUACAGUAGCUGACUCCCGAAACAUGCCUUCAGAAUUCACCAAUGUUGAAGGAAAAGAGGAGACUAACGCCCAGGUGACGAGGAAGGAGAAAGUCACUCACUCUCAUAAUUUGACUGAACAACCUUUUCUUGGUCAAGAGGCAACACUCUUUCACACAGAACAUGAAACAUUAGUACUCGAGGCUGAAAUUGGGAUGGAUGAAACAGCUUUAGACUCACAACAGAACGAUACACUGUUUGCUUCUGAGACCAAGAGAGACGACAAGCGCCAAGGUGAAAAUGAAACCAUAGAUGAGACUAUGAAAGACACCAUGGAUUCACUUAAAAAAGAACCUUCCACAUGUAUUGGCCAACUUCAGGGAGAGACGGACGACCUCACAGAUCAAGACCAACUCAACAAACCUGUGGAUCAAUUUCAGGGUCGACCAUCUGAAUCCAUACAUCACUUUACUAAUGAAUCAUCCCAAACUGCAUGCCCAAAACAGGACCCAGUGAAGCUUGCUGUACCUUCUGACCAAUUACAGGAGUUAAUCGUAUCUGUUGGUCAUGAACUUCAGGAAGAGUCAAUUGUAUCUGUUGAUGAACUUCAGGAAUCAUCUGUACCUGUUAACCAACUUCAGGAAGAGUCAGCCGUACAUAUUGAUAAACAUGAGGAGGAGUCAGUCUCAGGUUUUGAUCAGCUCCAAGAAGAAUCAUUCACACCUGUUACUAAACUUCAGGAGGAAUCAGCCGUACUUUUUGAUCAAUAUCAGGAGUCUUCUGAACCUUUUGACCAGCUUCAAAAAGAUACAACAGACCACGAACACUCACCAGAGGAAACACAAACACCCAAGAAUCAGCUGCUACAAGAAUCAUUUAUAAAUUUACAGGAAAAAGAAACUCCUCCGGUUGAGGACCACGACGAUGUACCUGUAUAUAUGGACGCCCAAGACAAGGUGCUCGCAUCAGCAAACGUCCAUCAGAUGACUAGAGCAGCCGUCCCGUGGCAGGAAGACUCUUGUAAAUUUCUAGAUGCUCAUGAAGAACAUGAUCCUGAACAAGAGAACCUGCCUGCUCAUGUGGCUGACCAGAGGAACCAAAUUAUUGGUAUUGAUGUCCAGAAAGAACCAUCUGUCCUUCAUGAGGUCAAUGAUAAUCUAUUUGAUCUUCAGGAUAUUCAAGAGGAAACAUAUACUCUUAAAGAGGUCCAACAGAACUCAUCUGACCUUUUGGAGGGAGCAUUAACACCUGCUGACCUUUUGGAGGGGUCAUUGGCACCUAAUGACCUUUUGGAGGGAUCAUUGGAAUUUACUGACCUUUUGGAGGGAGCAUUGACACCUAUUGAUCUUUUGGAGGGAGUAUUGGCGUCUACUGACCUUUUGGAGGGAACAUUAACAUCUGCUGACCUUUUGGAGGGGUCAUUGACACCUAAUGACCUUUUGGAGGGAUCAUUGGAAUCUAUUGACCUUUUGGAGGGGUCAUUGGCCUCUACUGACCUUUUGGAGGGGUCAUUGGCACCUACUGACCUUUUGGAGGGGUCAUUGGCCUCUACUGACCUUUUGGAGGGGUCAUUGGCCCCUACUGACCUUUUGGAGGGGUCAUUGGCCCCUACUGACCUUUUGGAGAGGGGUCAUUGGCACCCUACUGACCUUUUGGAGGGGUCAUUGGCCUCUACUGACCUUUUGGAGGGGUCAUUGGCCCCUACUGACCUUUUGGAGGGGUCAUUGGCCCCUACUGACCUUUUGGAGGGGUCAUUGGCCUCUACUGACCUUUUGGAGGGGUCAUUGGCCCCUACUGACCUUUUGGAGGGGUCAUUGGCCUCUACUGACCUUUUGGAGGGGUCAUUGGUCCCUACUGACCUUUUGGAGGGAGUAUUGGCACCUGUUGACAUUUUGAAAGAAGGAACAACACCAAGAGAACAAGAACCGUCAUCUGGUGACCCUCAGAGUGUGUUAGACGUUGGUCAUCUGGGUGAGACUAACUCCCUCGGCCAGUUGGAUAAACCAGCGAAGGAAAUUAUACUUACUGACUCCUUGGCGGAAACACUUACCGAUGUUGAACCUCAAGAGCAUCCAGGCGCAUGUAUCGACGUUAGAGAGGAUUCCGUACCAUCUGCUAUUGAUGUGGUACUUCCUCUAAUUACAGUUAAAGAGUCUCUAAUCCCAGGCCAACUAGAUGUAUCUGACAGUAACCUAACCGAGGAAGGCCUUACUCAACCUCACGAGAUUGUGGAUGAGAUGGAUGACCCAACAUUCAAGUCUCGGGAAGAAAUCUCUACCUUGUUAUCUGGUGCUGAAACUACGGACCUCUUCCCGGUAAAGCCAUCAUUACCUCAAAGUCCCAGAGAAUCAAGUGAUGGGCUUCCUCAAGAACAAGUGGUGUAUUCAGUAACAGAGUUGGAGUCGAAGAGUGGAAAACAGACACUGAUUCCUGGAGUGGUAGUUCAGUCAGCCACUCCGGAAAGUGACCUCGAGGACAACAACAUUACUCCCGAAUCUGAUGACCUGCCUGUGGAGGAUAUCGUUAGCGACUCGAAUACAUAUGUUUGUCUACAAGAUGAUAUUACGUUGGACUUGCUUAAUGGACAACAACCUUAUGACGAUACUUCUGAGGACAUAGGUGUAUUAGACCCCCAGAGAGAAGGUGCAUUAGAUCCCCCUGCUGCUGGUUCCAUAAACAUUCCUGUCUGUUUUGACGAGUUGCAGAAGAGAGAACCGGAUUUAAUGUCAUUAAGUUUUGAAAAAGCUGGGGAUGAGAGCUGCUCACACCCCGAAGACUUACUUGGCUACCUGGGAGAGAAAACUAACGUGCUCAUUCACCUCCCAGAAGAGAUCGAUGACCCAACACCUGACAUACUGGAUGAGAAGGCUGUGAACCUUGAGGAACACAGUGGCUCCCCAUGGCUCGUGUACACAGCUAUAUCUGAUUAUAUUCGUUCCCGAUCACCGUCACCUUUGAGUAUGUUCUUCGGUAAUAAUCCUUCACCAGAGGAAUAUUCUGACGAAGAGGAACCUGGACUGACUGAUCGCCAACAGUCACUCACGGUCAAUCAGCAACAGGAGUCGACCCAAGAGAGGGAGACUAUUCCCGGGGACUCGUCAGGAGAACAUUUAAUCCUCAUUGACAAUUUCACCACAGAUGACGUCGCAUCAGACGGCAAACUUCCUCAAACAGUUAAUAUUAGCGGGGAAAUGAAGAAAGACAUCAUCUCUCUGUCACGCACAUCGAUAUACGGUUUAGAUGUCACAUUAAAUCGUUUCAUACAACCUCCAACUUCCUUAUUUCUCAGUAGAGGCAACUUGCCUACUUCCGAUGUGAAGACCCCACAGGACGAGCCAAGUGAGCAGGACUCAAGUGACACCAUCACCAGCCCCACGUAUGAAACAGCGACCGAACACUUACCCAGCUCCCCUGUGUCGCCAGAGCCACCAGUCAUCACCACCAGCCUGGCAGAUACGACUCCAGACUAUGAAGAUACAACAGUGUUUCCAUCUGACAGCUACAGGGGCUCGAGAGAUGAUAUGGCAGGUGUUAUAUCAGAGAAAAGUGUGAAGAAAAAUUUACUAGUCGUAGAAAUUUCAUCUUCUCUAGCCGCUGAUAAUACAAACACUAGGGAUGAAACGAAUCUCAUAUCAAUCGUUCCUGUUGAUCACACUGAGGAACCUACAACAUUAGAUACUUUACUUCAAGAAGAAAAUUCAAGCGGUAAACUAAGUACACUCACAGCAGAAACAACCAAGCAAGAAGGUGCCUUAAAGAACUUGCCUGUUAACAAAAAGUCGAGUGGAGAGACAGCCGAAGGUCUGUAUGAAUCAGUGACACACUUCAGGGUUGAAGAACAAGCUGUUGAUGAGUCAGACGAAAGUGACUAUUCCUUUGGUACAGAAGAUUGUGGGGACGUGCUGGUGCCUCAAGAGUAUAUUGAUACACAGCUUAAUGCUCUAAGGAAAGCCCACGAACAAGAAAAAAAUAAAGAAAACGUGCCUGCAGGUACGACAGCUACAGAAGACGAUGACACUCACAAAAUAAAUCUAAAAAUUUCCCAUCCAGUUCGCACAAGCAGUGGGGAUGGCACCAAGGUCGAGGGUGAGGCGGGUCUUUCUUAUCCUGGACACACCGAACCCAAGAUAUAUGUAUCUGGUGUAGCUGACCAGCAAAUGACAGACACACUCACACAGAAAGAUUUACUUGGUACUUCUGCUAAGGAACAGACGUGUAGCACAGAGGCAGAGGGAGACUCGCAGUCAUCCACGACGCCCCUUAGAGUUGAGGAACAACCUGCCGGAGAUACCGAUGACAGUGACUAUAUGUUUAGCACAGAAGACUCCGGGGACGUGUAUUGUGUUCCUCAACGAUACAUUUAUGAACAGCUCGUCGCCAGACAACGAGAACAAACUCAAGAAAAUAUUCCUUCGGGGAGUAAUACAAGUGGCAGUAAUAAUAUUAACUUACAGCCAAAGACAUUCCAUCCCUGGCAGACACGCACGCCGUGGAGUAGUGUGAAUCAAGAUUCCUUCGAUGACGAGAAGGAAGAUUUAGCUACGUUACUGGACAGUGUUGAAUUAUCAAGAAGAAUCUCUGAAGUCCAUCGAAAACUACAAAAUCCUGAAGAUGCAUCACAAGAAAUACAUUUGGAACAAGUACAAGACCAACGAGUUUUACAUAACAUGAAAGAUUCGUGCAAGAAUCCUGGAAACGAUUUGGUCACAGAUAUACUGUCUAAAUCAUCAUCUGUUAUCAAGGACUCCUCUCAGCUCAGUUCCCAAGCAGUCAACAUGACCACGAGACCUGCAGAACCUUACGACGCGACAAGCCACGAGAGUGAAUCUGACUCUGAUGAUGACAUGCGGGUCGGCCCGAUCAAAGGCUGCCAUCCCCUAGUGAUACCUCUCUCACCUAGCCCCAGUAAGUCCCCAGUGACAGCUUCCGAUAGUGAUUCCUCCCAGUCUGAAUCUGAUGUUACGACAGAUGAGGAUGACAUAGAGAUUCCCGGAACGAAGCCCAGAGCCAAGUACAACAAACCAGCUCGAAGUCACAGAAGCAAACUGCACACCAUCCCAGAGCUCUCAGAGGACGAGGAGGAGGAGGAGGAGGUGCCCACCAGACCACCCAGACUGAGGAGACUCUCGAGUGGGAGGUUUAGACUCCUUGAGAGCUGGAAUCCUGACUCGCCAAGAGGAGGCCCGCCCUCACCAAAGGUCGGCCAGCGGGCCCCCAAAGUGGGCAAGUUGGCCCCAGAUUUUCUUAGGAGAUUUGAAAUUGUUGAUGAACAAGUAUUUACAUCAAGGAUUACGGAAGAAAGUGACGGACACGGCCAGGACCAGAGAGGGCAAGAAAAGUCAGUGUUUCGGCAAAGAGAAGCACGAUCCUCAGAUAGUGCAACUUCGUCAUCUUCAAGUGAUAGUGAGGAAGAUGAUGAUGGUGAGCCAAAUAUUACCUACGGGAGACGGUCGCACGUGGGAAGUAUGUAUAAAAGAGCACAGGCGGGAGAGUUAGACGUGGACAGUAAUAAAGGUCAGAUUAAAAGUGAACAUAAAGAGCAAGAGAGUUCAGACGAAGAAAAAAGUGAUGAAUUUAACGCACUAAACAGAGAUUAUCCUGAAGGCCCUGAAGCUUUUAAAACCAGAAACACGCUAAAGACUCAAAGAGAUAAAAGCCCCGCUGAACCUGACGCCGAGCAUACAAGUAAAAAAGAAACACCAGCUGAAGCUCCUGAAAGUUCAGACAUAAAUAUUACGGGAGAACACGAGGUCCAAAAUAUCCCUGGAGAAGAGUCAGCGUCUUUCGAAACAAACCUAAAGACCUUACAACCUCCCCACUCGCAGAAGGGGACGUCCUCGACCCCGCACUUCCUGGAGGAGGACGUGACCCAAGGGUCCUUUUACCCACCCAUGGAAACCCUGCUCAUUCCAGCCCAUGUUGACCCUAUCAUCGUUGGCUCCCCAUCCUUUGAGGAGGACCCCGAUCCUUCAAUGUGUGGGGAAGUGACCUCCCAGCCUAAGUAUGUAAUUACAGCACUAGGGCGGGAGAGCGUCUUGACUCAUCACGCUUUCGUUCCUCCAAUGGAGAUGCUGUUGAUACCUGAGCUUCAAGCAGUUGGUGAUGAAGACCUCACAGAGUGUCAAGCACCCUACCAGUCUUCUGUAACAUCUGGUAAUGACUCCGGGCAAGGUGAAGAUGAGUUCGGAAUGAACGCUGAAAGUCAAGCUCGAGACACCACUUUCAAAUGUGAUAGUUCAUUCCUUCCUUCUAUUGAACAUCGGAAUUUUGUGGGCAUUACAGAUGCAGAGGCACAUAGUUUAAUUGUAGCACCAGAAGUACAUAGUUCUCUGUCUGCUGCGCCCCAUACAAGUUCUACAGGCUUCCUGCAGACUGAUUCUCAGAGCACUGUAUCAGCUGAGGAACCUACAAAACACAUUCUGCUUACACAGUCGCUAAAUGUGGAACUAUCUCGAGACACUGUAGACACAACAACUGUUAAAUUUGAAGAAAACAGCUCACUAACAGAGACAGUCAGUGUAAAGGAAGUUGUAGUUCCAAAACAUACCGAAGACCUUAGUGAGAAGCAAACAGUGUGUAAAGAUCAUAGUAGAGACAGUAAGAUGGAUGAGAUUGAGGAAGACAACAACGGUAAAGUUGAAACAGCCGCAGCUGGUGACGUUGGUCAGGAAACAGUAUCAGACAAAACUCCAGACGAAGCAGAUGGUGACAGUUCUCUCUGUAAAGACACGAAGACGACGGAUGAAGUGAGUGAAGGACAAACUGACGAAGGGACCAUCGGGGACAGACAGCCUGACGAGAGUAGCAUCAGCCACGAUAACGUAGUGCUUACCAAAGAACAGUUAACCUUUUUUCAGAGUGGCGGACUUCAGCGCCUUGCAUGUUCCUUUGGCGUUAUCGAUCCUACCGAGACGGUGUUGGUAAAAGGUGAGAUUCAUAGUACUGUAAGUGGUGAAUCUUCUCCAGUGCUAGACGUAGAUCUUACCCACAGCACCAGUAAUGUUGACCCUCACCCCCUCACCACCAACAGCCCUCAUUUACACGAUGAUGACCACAAAGACACUCUGAGCAGUGACAAGAAAUCGUCUAGAGAACCGGAAAUAUCGACUCAAUACUUCUGUAAUAUACAUCCCAAAGUUAAGACACCAUGCCGGGGCGAGUACCAGGACGAGACGUACACAGAGGAUGUUUUUGAUGAUCAGAGUGACGUUUUCCCAGCAACCAGUGACACCUUCGCCGUGACGGCCAGCAGCGACCCGUUUUCUAUGUUCUCUGAUAUUGGGUCCUGGACAGGGGAUCCCUUCAGUGACGAGAACACAGAGAUAAGCUCGUACCGAAUGAGUGAAACGCUGCAUGUGGUGCAGGAGGUGAAGGGAAGCCCCAGUAUUGAGGGUGGUGAUGGUGGAGAGGUAUCACCAUCACAAGGAGACGCGGAGAAGCCAGAUUUCAUCGUCUGUCCUCCAGUCUUGUCUCAGACCCUGUGCGAGAAGUCUGUGGCAAAAGUGGAGUCCAGAUACGUUACAGAAAAUUCAGACGAGGAUCAAUCCAGCAGAGGAUGUUCAGUAAUGGAUGAGGAUCUGUCAGACUCGGUGCCGGUGAUACACUGGGACACUUUUCCUCUUGCUAGUGAUGUGUCACCUGGUGGUGGGAAGCUCACUUGUGAUUUAUUGGUGGCUACUGACGCUCCGGAAACGACAGCGACUUGUCAUGGUGAUACAACAGUAACUUGUAAAUUCUUUGACGCACUUCUGACUGGUCAUGGUAAUAAAGAAACUCAAAACAGUGAGGAAAGCUCAGCCAUCUUAAGUUUUGUGAACGGAGAAGCUUCCGAAAAGACCAGAGGUGUGUGUGAUGCUCAGGUAGAUACCACACGUGUAAAUGAGGAGACAGAGGAUCUAGAUGUGUCCUGGACUAAGGGAGAAGACCAGCUCAAAAGUACCUCAGUUUCCCAUGACCCUAAUGUGUUUGUAAACACUACAGUAACUGGGAAAGUUUUAAUUUCUCCAGAUGAACUAGAACAGUCAGUUGACCUUAAUACCAAUAAGUCGAGAGGAUUAACACCAGGUGAAGCCUUACACCUCCCGAGUCUCCCGGCAACUGAACAGGUGGCUAGUGAUGACGUCACAUUAACUGAGGAACAGAGGUUAGUUGACAUAAGAGGAGUGUCAUUGUCCUCCCAGGUCUUGACGCCGCAGUCACAGCCAUUUGAAGAAUGUGUUCCCACGAUCGAUCUUCUGGGACUUGGAGCGGGUCAUUUUACCUCCCCACGAGGAGUAAAAACAACCAGCGAAGUGAGACUGUUGGAUCUUGAUUCUCCUGAUGGGCGCUGCUCCAGGGGCUUGUCUGAGCUCGAGGGAGAAGUUUGUGGAAGUCAACAGGAUGGAGAUCUAACAUUCUUCAUGGGGGAAUCUGUUGAGUUUCUCAUUGAUUCAGACAUUCCAGAUUCCUCACACAGCAGUGCUAUCCAGCCUCAGUUAUUGCCAGCUGGAUCUCAGGUGGGUGUGGAAGUGGUGGUGGUCCAAGAGGAUGUAGAAGAAGUGAGUGAGGAUGAAGUGGUAACGCAAGAGAAUGUGGAGGAGGCGGUGACCCAAGAAAAUGUACCCACCGUAAUAACACAAGUGAAAACGGAAUACAACAAUGAAUCUAUGGGUAGGCGACGCACCGUCAGUGAGAGAACCACACCCACACUACAACCUAACGCUGCAGUAGUCAUUGCAGAAGACUUCCGUGUCAUAAAUUCAUCUUCAGAAGACAAGGAACCAUAUAAGUCACUCUAUUCCCUACAGACCGCAGCGAAAGCAGGUGGAGGCGACACAAGCUCGCCUGUGACGCAGACAGACGCACAAAACGCGGUAGACGGGAGAGAGACAACACUCCACUUGCGUGAAGCCAGUCAAGGUCAUGAUCUUGUUUGCCAUAAUGAGACGGGUCAAACAGCUGAUUUACUCACAGCAAUUCCACCGAGCCCGGCAGGUGUGGUGGUGGACGGCCAACACUGGGAUGAAAGAGAAGGAGAGAAGAGGAAACAGGAGAAAAAAGACAGGGAACAAACACAGGAAAGUGCAGAAAUAGGCGAUGGAAGUCCACGUGAAAAUCCGCUUCAGACCAUCCCGAUAGAUGACGUCACAGCCCCCGUGAACCGUCCUGGUGGAAGUUUAGUGAAACAAACAGAAAAUGUCAACACAUAUGCAGUGUCUCAGCUCCUCCAGGUGCUGGACAGUUCCCCUGGUGAGUGUCUGGGGGCAAGAGUGAAGGCGACCCAGGAUGCGGCAACUCUGAGUGCUGAGGAUGCGGCAAGUAAUGUGAGGAAAGACCCACUUGACGAAGUGGAGCUCACCUCCCCUGCCGGAGACUGUGAUAGUGUUAUUGUGGUGAAGGAAAAUUGUUUCAUUGAAACUGAUGUGAUUGGCAAGGGUCUGGGGAUCUGUACUGAGGAAGUGUAUAACAGUGACUCACCGGCAGUGACUGCUAGAGAGGAUCAAUAUGAUACAGACUCUCUUGGAGGAAGUGAAUCUCACUGUGAUAAAGAAAGUACGCUCUCAGAAAUUUCAUCUGAUAUAUUUGAGAGCGCCCGUGAACCGUGCCUACCUGUAGACCCAGUUCUGGUCCAUAAAUUAAGUUUAUUGGAAUCUGAAACACCUCAGUGUUUGUCAGAUGUGUCGAGUGCGAGCCCCGAGCCCUUCAGGGGAAGUCCUGAGACUGGUCACAGCACCCCAAAUGUUAAUGCCAGUGAUGUUACCCUCUCAGCUCGUGACCUCAGUAAUGACGCUGAGGACCACGAAGAUUCUCUGUCCUCUGACAGGACUAAUGUUGUCCUUAGCGAAUUUCAGCAGAUGCUGGAUGAGGAAGACUCUGUUAGCUCAACCGUGACAGAGUCAGGUCACAACUCUACAGCUGAGGAUCUAGUGGACGACUCUGGUUUAUCUGGCUGUGAUAACGCCACGGGACGCUGGGUCUCUGAAGGAUCCACUGCUUCUGAAACUCGGCUUUCGCUGUACAUGAAACGUUUCAGUGAUAAACUCGAGGAUAGAAUUGACGAUUCCACUGAAUCACAGUCUCAUCGUAGCUUACUGGAGGAGAUCCACGGGUUCAGAACUUACUCCAGCACCAGCAGCUCCAUCGACGAAACACCUCCCAAGGCAGACGCUCGCUAUGAUGGAGGCAGAGUCCAGGUUGAUGCUCAACCUUCUACUGACCUGGUGACCUCCAGAAAACAAUUCUGGGAUUCCAUAAUUGCUGGAAAUGCAGGUGGCGGUGAGCCUCGAAUGUCCAGCAGCUCAGAGUCAACUGACAUCAUCAGUCAGUCUGGGGACCUCUCCAAGUGUGACACAAUCGCCGAGGAGAACGAACACACCAUCUCUAGAAGUCUGUCACUUGAAGAGGACCAAGUUUUCGAGAACUCCCCGAAGGAAGAUGCUCCGCUAGGUUUGGUUGGGAGGAUGAAAGCAUCAUGGACGGAUCUGUCUUCUCACACUGACAUACUCGCUGAGGAACACAACGUGGAAGAGCCCGAGAGAGCCACCGAUUCUGUUCCUGAGGACAACAUUGAAACGGGUCUUGUUCAGUACAAGAAACAAAUGUGGCAGAAUUUGGUGGACUCUUCUGAACUUAAGACUGAAAGUAUAUUGAAGAACAGAGGACGAAGCCAGAAGAUUGAGGAUAAUGAUCAAAAUAUCUCCAAACAGAAAGUAGACAAAUUAGAUACAUUCGAAUGUGAUGAAAAGGCUUGUGUAGAUGAUGAAUUUCUAUCGGCGCAGGAGACCAAAAAUGACAGCCAGACAAAAGUGUUGAGUGAGAUCUGUAUAAAAGACGAAAGUGUUUGUCCUCGAGGUGCUGAUGAAAACAACCAGAAAUCAGUUAUAGAAAAUAAAGGUGAAGACGAAGAGUUAAAGUCUGAGAAUGCUGAGGGUUUGGAACGAGUGCCAAGUUAUAAGAAAAUUGAGAAGGGUCUUGUGAAAACUGGAAAGGAAUUGUGGGAGAGUAAACAAACAGAGCAAACAGUUAAAAGUCAUUUACAUAAAGCUAACAACACCAUAACGCAAAUACCAGAGGGUAAAAAAGAUUCUAAAUGCCAUGAAAAUAGUGACAGGGUGAGAGGUGAUAAAGACAAACAAGAGGUCCUGGCUGUAGGAACAUAUAAGCAGCUUUCCCAGGGAAGUAAUACAGAGAGGAUGAAAGGGGAAGCUGUGAAAGAUACAGUUUGUGAGGAGCAAAAACGUGAGAAAUCUGGAGGUGACUGUGUGCCUGUAGAUCGACGGCCAAGCAUUAAGAUGAUCGAGAAGGGGAUUGUGCAGACGAGGAAGAACCAGUGGGAGAGACAACUGCCAGUCAUGGAGGAAGAUGCGUGUGAAGACGAUACAUCACCCAGUGAGAAGGUGCCGGAGAAUGAUGACACUCACACACAAGUUCACACGCCAGACACUGAACGUAAAGUAAGUCCUUGUCGACGUAGAAAGUUCAGAAGGCCGCCAAAAUCAAAACAAGCAGUGGGUUAUCGACUGAGUGUGAGGAUCAAAAAUGGAACAGUGGUUGAUACUAAACUCCUGUGGGAGGCGAGGGAGGAGGCAAGGAAAAAGACAGCAGAAGCCGAGUGGACUCGUCUCCAUGCUGGCAAGAACACCGAGGACGCACAGGUUGCCAGUGAGGGAUACCAAAAUGAAGUGACCUUUCCGAUUGACUCCCAAGACACAGUCGCCGGAGCCGAAGAACCGCUGGUGAUCGUGCCUCCUCAGUCGUCUGAGGGAGUAGAUGCCAGGGACGUAGUUCGUUACGAUGAGCCUCUUGCUGAACCCGAUAUCGAGGAAGGUCUUGUCAACACCACAAGACAGGUGUGGCUCAAUCUGGUGACGUCGGAUAACCUGAAUACAGAAAGCGUCUUGAAGAGCAAGGUGAGGGCGCAGAAGAACAAGAAGGGACCAAAACUUCGCGAAUCAGAGGAAGGUUCUGCUGAGGAGUCCGUGAAAAGCAGGCAGCUAAGUGUCAGGAUUUCUGAAGGUGCUGUUCUGGAGGAGAAGAUGAAGUGGGAGUCGACGAUGCAGUUGCCUGAAGUUCCUGAUGACUACAGAGAAUGGAAGAAGUCCAGGCAUAUCCAGAAGGAAACUGAGGCUUCGUUAGCAGUAGACCAUGAGCAUGUUCCCACAGCUCUGAAAUCAUCACAGGAAAAGACAGUUGAUGGAGCUGCCAUUCUAGAAAAAGAGGAAGAUAAAAAAUUGUUAGCACGAAUACCCAGCAUCGAGCAGAUUCAGAAGGGGAGAGUGUUAGCAGGGAAGGAACUGUGGGAGGGUGACGACGUUGGCACUCAAGAUAUUAUGAGCUCUACCACUCACACGUAUUAUCCAGAAACAUCACAGGUACCUGUAGGUGUUACUCCAGUCACUGCAGAUAUAAACAUAUCUGGCAGAGACAAAACUGAAGAUGUCAAUCCCAUUGAAAGGAUUUCUAGUUUGAAAUUUAUCGAGAAAGGAAGAGUGAAGUGUGGCAGAGACUUGUGGGAAGGAAGGCACGCUGAAGAGGGCAAUUCCAAAAGUAAUGAUGAGAGUGUUACUGCCAUUGUUGCAGAUGUGUCUCUCGCAGCUGAUGACAUCCCUUCAGGAGAGAAUCUCCUUCUGGAUAAGUCAGAGGUCUUAUGUAGCGAUUCUGAAAAUUACGAAUUAUCUGAAACUGAAUCGGCUUUGCAGAUUGAAGUAGGUUUUGUGAGCUCCUCCAGGAAAGCGUGGGAGGAGAGACAUCAAGAAUCUGAGGCGGUUCAUUGUACCCAACACAUGAGACAUGCAAAAUCAGAACUUGAAGGGGAAGAUUUAGAGAACAAUGAGACAGAGAACCUAGAGGACCUCCCACGGACGCAGAAAGUUGGAUCUGAAAAGAGGCCGAAAAUUUGGGAAUUCCAAUUUAGUUCAACAGAAGUAGAACACUGUAGUGAGACAGUAAGCAUCCCAGAGACUAUUCUUUCUGAGGAUGAAACCGGAGAAGACCCUGACAAGGUGAGAACAUUCAGCAGCACAGCUUAUGAAGGCAGUGUGCAGCUGAAGAGAAACACCUGGGAGGAGAAUGUACCACGGGGAGAAAAUGUCCGACAGUGGAAGCUUAACGCCAAGCUCGUAUUACCCACUCAUAAUGCCAUGAUGUGCGAAGAUUCGGAGACAGUGAAAACAAACUUCCAAUCCUCUCCAGAAGAAGAACUUUCCGUCAAAAUCGAGGAUGAAGAGAAACCUUUACUUGGCUCACAUCCAGAAGAGGAUAUUGCAGCCUUGACGAGACCGCUGAGUGUUACUAUCCUGUCCGGGUCGGUGAGCACUGCCUGCCACUUCUGGGAGCACAAACAAGAUGAGGCAACACACACACAAGCUGGAGAUGAGGAGUCCGUCGAUGGUUGUCAGCAAGAUAGAACACAAUCUGAUAUAAUGAUGGAAGAGCAAACACACAUCCUAGACUCGUAUCCUGAGCCAAAAGGUUCGGCCAGUCCAGUAGAUGACGUCCUCAAGGGUAGUAAGAGAGCCUUCUAUGACACUAUGCUGUCCACUGAUGACCUUGGAUGGGAGGAACCUCUUGCCGUGAGUCAGGAUUCUAGACUUUCAGAUAAAAAUCAUAAGGAAUUUAUUAAAUCAGAGACAGAAAAAGAAAGGAAUCAGAAGAGAGAAGAAGAGAAAGAUAAUAACAAGGUAAAAGAUGUCAUAAAGGGAGAUGAUGAUGACCCUCCUGCGCUGCCAAUUGUUAGUCCUCCACAGUUGCCCGACAGAAGUAUGACUGAACAAUGUGAGUCAGAAAUCUGUACCUGGACUCAGAAGCUUCCACCAGGCUGUUCAGGAAUAGUUGAAGACGAUGUUGAAUCUUUCUCUCAAAUUCCCGAGGUGCCAUUGACUGAAAUUCUUGAAGCGUUAUCCCCCAAAGAAGUUCCUGAAGGGUCGUUUCUUGAUGAGAUUUCUGGAGUGUCUUCCCUCUAUCAAGAUCCUGAAAUAACAUCUCCUGAAGAAAUUCCUGAAGUGUCGUCCCCCGAUGAACUUCCCGAAGCGUUUUCCCUGGAUGUAUCGUCCCCUGAAAUACUUCCUACGGUAUCUUUCCCAGACUUCCGUGGAGUGUCGCCCCACAGAGAGACACAGACCUUACAGACUUUGAGUGAGGACCAGGACCUACUGGUGGUUCAGGAGGGGACAGAGGAACUGGAGAUGUGGGUAGACGCCCCUGAAAUACUCUCACCUAAGCAACCUGAGGGUCAUGGUCAGCUGGCUAUUUCGAUUAAGGCGUCUCCCGGCAGCCGGCCAUCGACCAAUAACCCAAUAACACAAAAGAAGACAUUUUGGGAUAGCAUGAAUACCGAGAAGGGACAGGGCGAAGUAAAGGAGGGUAAAGUAAUAUUAGUAAGUGAAAAAAUGAAGAGUGAAAGAAAACAAGAGAGAAAGGAGAAUCGAGAAGCAACACAAGAGAAGUCAGAAGACACUUUACCUCCAUCUGAGACGUCGAAGGCUGAUGCUUGCAGUGAACCAACCAGAGUCACGUCAGACAGCGCGCCCUCGAAGGAUUUGGUGUCCCAGAAAAAAGAAUUUUGGGAUCAGCUGUUUGUCAAGAAAGAAGUUGAAAAUGUUAAAAUCAACCAAUCUCAGACCUGGACAAGUACAAUACAGGCUUCAAAAACAACCUUUGGAUUACCAGUGAAUCAGCAGGAAAAAGUUGUGGAGUGUGAAAGCAGCGAACAAGACACUAGACUCACCAUCACUGACAUUAAUUCCAAACUUCCAUCGGCUGAUCCCAAUUUAGUGACAACAAGUCCUGAUGCUGAAGGUGAACAGAAGGUUCCCUGUAUUAGCGAGGAGGAACCCGAGAAGAAUUUGGUUGCACAAAAGAAAGGUUUCUGGGAUGAAUACAUUGCCAAGAGAGAGCAGGACUUCAGAGAGGACAGAACCCACACGGCGAAGAAACACGCCAUAGCUGUAAGGAAAUAUACUUUGAAGGAAAGAUUGUCGGAGAAAAAUGAAGAAAAUGAAUCUAACAUUGAGGUUGUUGAGUCCAAGACCUCGCUGGGCCGUACACUCAGCAUCACGAUCAAGAAGGGAACAGUGAGAGCAAGCCGAGAAAAAUACACAACACAGGAGGAAGAUGAUUACACCAAGUGGAAAAAGACAAGAGCUCAGAAACGACGAAAACCUGCGGGUGGUUCUCACGUCGGGAGUCCCAGAAGAAAGGAAUUUGUUAUCCAAUCAGGGAAGAUGAAGUCCGAAACCCAAGCUGUUGACUCUCUUGGGAAGAGCAAGAGACUCAAAUCUUUUAAGAAAAGUUGGACUCCUUCCUCAAGACUCCGAGAUGACUCUUCAGAAGAGGAAGAUCACAGUCCACCGAGAGUUCGCAGAAAGACGAGUGUGAAGAUUCAGAAAGGUCUAGUGCAGAAAUACAAAACUCACUGGGAAACAACUCGCACCAAGACUGGGUUUUGGACUUGGAAACGACAACGAAUAUCAUCACCAAUGCUAAGACAAACAUCAUCCUCACCUACACACCGGAAGUUCACUCAGACGCCAAUGAUUGUUAAAACUUCCACAGGUUAUCCUGAUGCACAAUUUAGGAACCAGUUAUCCCCGUCUCAUAUAUUGGACAAAGUUCAAAGUCUUCCCAAAGCGAAUGUUCAUCAAGGUCGAGGCCCCCACAGUCACCAGGAGCCACCAUCAGCUUACGGAAAGAACAUAGGAUUGCCUGUACAGAAAGGGAGGGACUUCUGGGAGCAGGAGAGAUACAGGACUCCUUCUCCUCCUCCUGAUAUCCCCGAGAGGCCUCUGACGCCCGAAGAAGCACAGCAUUACCUGAGCGGGUUCAAGGGUAAAGUGGCGGAGCGGAGAAAGAGAUUCGACAGCCUGGGUAGCGCCAUCAGCACAGAGAGCCUCGACAGUAUAGAAAGUGUCGAGCAUAAACUGGAGUCGGAUGAUAACCAGUCAGCUGUUGCCUUAGAGGAAGAAUAUGUCAGUUCUGUCCUCGGAAAAGUGAACCGCCAGAGGAACUUGUGGGAGACCAGAAUGCAGAAAACAAUACAGAAGGAAACUGAGGAAAGAUUAAAGCUUCAACCGAAAAAUAAGAACUCUCUGAACUAUAAGCAGGCCAGAGGUACCACACCCGACAUGUUGCCGCCGCCAAUAAUAAGAGUAGUUACUGAAGAACAAUUUAACGACAUCUCGCCUGUAGCAGCAACACCAUCACACCGAGGAAAAGAAACACUCCUCUACAUCCUGCACAACACCAUCGAGGGAGAGCUAGUACUCAAAACUUACAACGAGCACUAUAUGAACCUUCAAGGAGUACCUCCGAGCAUCACUUAUGGCCAGAAGACUCCAGAAGGAAAUAUCUCGAAGUUUCAGGCUUCGAAUCGUGAGAUGUUGGAUGAGCGACCACAACCUGCAAGAAGAAGCAAAAGGCAGCAGAAGCAGCGGCAGAGCUCGGAGGGAAAGUGUACCCACGAUACCAGCCGCGUCCCUCGUAAAAGUGACGCAGACCAGCUGGUUGCUACUGCUUCUACGGUGCAGGCAGCCAAGACGGGAGUGACCAGCAUCCCACAAUGGAUUGUCUCCGAGCACGUCCAGACCCUCACCCAAAGCCUCUCCACUCAGCAGCCUGAGUCUUCAACAGGAAGUUCACAGUCUUUAUCACCAGUACGGAGUGACGAAGAAGACACGAAGGAUUUCAGCGUCCGAGAUGCGAAUAAAACGUGUGAUAUUGACGAUUAUUAUGUGGAAUACAAACGCAGCUUUGCCACGGCUUGUAGACUGUUUGAAACCGAACUGAGGGAAGGUGAACCCGAGGCCAAAACAGCAACCAAAAGCUGCCGUGUUGGCUCCAGUGUCGUGCCUCAACCUGGUGUUAAUCCACACUGUAUAGAAAGGGCAACUACUCCUCUGGGGCAGACAAUGAACUAUAGUGAUGACAGUACCAUGUCCUCCCCACGAGGCGUUAAAUCUGCACCAUCAGUCAACCCGCUCAGUACACACGACGCAACUCCAGGUCUACAAGAACAGCUUCCAGAUCCCAGCUCAGGCAGAUCCUCUACACUUGGGGUCAGCCCUCUCGAUAACGAAUUCAUUGCUCUUAUACAAACAGAUGAUAUUUCUAAGUAUGCAAACAACCAAUGGAUUGAGAAACAAGAACCGAACAUAACAAAGAAAAAUAUAAAGCACAAAUCUCACCUGAUUGACCAUGGCUGUCAGACGGACGAUGAGCUCGAGGAUUUCAUGCCAUCUCGCACGCGUGUGUACUUUGUUAACCGAGGCUGUCAGAGUAGUCCCGAAGACGAUGUUGACAAAUUCAGGACAAAGGAAACGAGUUCACCUUGUGACCGGGAAAUACAGGUGUCGCAGGAAGACUUAAUUAAUCCGCUAAAACGCCGCGUGUCUCAAAGAUCCCGACAGUAUGACCUGCUGGAGAUGCCAGAACUGAAGCGGCGUGUUUAUAGACGUCGACAUGGGUCUCUCGCCUUGAGCAGGAAACGUUCUCUGUCCACCUCUGACGCUCACCUCGUCCAGGAGCAGCAGCAGAUGGUUCUCGGCGCCUCAGGAACAGUUAAUGAUGCGGGUGCAGAUCAGGGAUGGUCAGGGGACCCGUGGGUAAACAUGGUCAAAUCCGGCAAAUUCGGGAUAGCUAAUCCUUCUUCCCUCGUGGCUUCCCUUCAGGAUCUUGCCAAGGAUUUACCCUCAGUCUACCCUGAGGGGCACCAUGAUCCCCUGAACCACGACGACCUCGCAGACCUCGACCCUGACGACUUCCAGCACUUCCCCCAAGAAGAGGUGAUCCAGACUCUGAGUGGGUGCUACAGGGGCGAGUUUCCCCAUGUACCAGUAAGUGGGUCGAGGAGGACCUUCACCAGGGCCCUGACGAGUGGCCAGGAGGACCUCAUCUCCUUGAGGGAACUCCGUCGCGCCAGUCUCCCCGAGUCACUGGUGCUCCUACAGACCUGUGAGUCCCUGUCCCGCUCCCCGUCUCCGUCCCAGGACUUAGGGUCUCCACUCUACGUAAUCCGUAAUCCCUUCCACCCUAUGGACCCCAUUACCGCACGCCUCAUGCAGGAACCAGAGAAAGUUCCCAACGAACACAACACAUAUUCGCUCUACAACAGCAAUGAGAGUCUCACCUUAUCGUCAGACAGCGCUCCACUGCCGUCUGAUGGUGAGGGGAAGGGGAAGUAUUUGGAGUCGGGUUCCAAGACUACAGCUGCAAGAACUUCCCGGGCAUAUCCGGAUGCGAUGCCCGUGAAAGAUUUUGCAAUGGUCGAUGAGGCGAGGGUAGAGUUUUCCGAGGAAGAGGAGGAGGAAGAAGGUGAAGGAGAGGAGACAGAGGGAGAUGGUGAAGAAGGCGAGGAGGCGAAGGAUGGAGACAAGGAUGAAGGAGAGAGCAGGCGAAGUGAGGACAGAAGACCGUGUGGGUGUCGAGCAUACGGUGAAGGUCUCCAGAGGGGAACUGUCGCGGGGCUCAACACAUUCUUCAUCGACACUGUGGAAGCUGACCAGGGAGAGGUGACGGUGAGUGUGGAAGGACCUUACGAGAGGUCUGUGUCAGGGACCGAGGUGUACCCCUUGGAGGAAGCCCCCGGGGUGUACCAGGUGCAGUUCCAGGUGACCGCAUCUGCACACUACCACGUCGUCAUCACUUGGGCUGGUCAACACUUACCCGGCAGCCCCUUCACCUGUAUCGUCGAGUGAUAGAUCUUUGUGGUACUUCGAGAAGUAAAAAAAAUAUCUUUCAGGGUACUUGACAAAGCCUGGUUUUAGUGCAACAUGUGCCACUGAACUUCCAAUAAUCUGGACAGUUACAGAGGGUCUGAACUCCAUUACUGCAGAUAUUAUUCAUAAUGCAGGUUUUCACAUGAAGUGCUCAUAGUUUUAGCAGAAAUUCCUUCAUGCCAGUGAGUCCGUUUGGCUUUCGUAACAGACAUGUGACUUAAUGUGUUCUGAAUACUGAUAUCCUUCAUAUGUUUCCUCUUAACAGCAGUAUGUAUUAUUAAGCGAAGAUUCCAAUUAUCAUAUUCCAUCGACUGCUGGAAGUGUACACACGUAUUAAAUAUGUUCUUCGUGAUGCUAUAAAUUCAAGGUGUUUACCAAGUUCCUUGAUAUAUGUGUUUAGUCCCGACACUGCAAAUCUCAACCAAAACAGAAAAAAGUGGUGGAGUAUAUCUACCAGUGUAGUGUCAACGUUAUGACGUCUUGCACUCAGGAUGGGUUGGAGAAGGGAAACUCUUAAUGGUGGCUUUCUUAUAUAAAUAUAUUAUAUACAAAACAAUCUUGUACUGGGGAGUUGCUGCGUGGUAGAGGAGUUGCUGUGCAGGAGCUUCUUUAGAGGAGGCGUUGCGUGUUGCAGGGCUCUAGGUAGAAUGCACUUCACGGCGAGGCUGUGGGCUUAUAUAAGAGUCCGCCGGAAAUAAGCGUAGCUGCGGGGUCGGCCGCCUACCCCGCACAGUCAGACAGCGAGGCUUCACUGAGAAAAACUCCGCGGGAUUGGCUGGUCAGCGACAGUUGUAGGGGAGAGUAUCCAUUACAUCAGUGUUUUGGGCAUGGAAAUUAUCAAGAGACUUUAUAAAUAACUUUAAACAGAAUUAGGAGAGAGAGAAAGAGAGAGGUAGGGAUCACUACAGUCCUACGAUAAAAUGUGUAUUACUCCGCAUUUUUUUCUGGGUAAUUUCAAACAUCAUAAACACCCGAUAGACAUAUUCCUUCAAUGAAACAAAGGAUUGAUAAUUAUUAUUUAUCUACUCUUAAUAUUAGCUAGUCUUUAUUUGGCGAUAUUACGUUUUUACUCCUUUAAAAAAAAUCGUAUAUCUGCCCCUGUGUUCUCCAUCAGAAAGUCCGUGAGUGAAGGAGAAACCCUAGUCAAAAACCCGCCAUGUGAUGUACAGUAGACAGACAUCCUUCCUUACCCAGUGUUUACAUACUUACAUUCAGCUGAUGGUCUUAAAGAAGUUUUGUAUAUAAUCAACACCAAGGUAAAGUGCUUUUUAUAAAUGUUUCCCAUUAAUAUUAUACUACUGUAAUAAUACGUUUUUUCUUCAUCGUUUUGUGUGUUUUGAAAUUUGUCACUAGUCCCCUCCAAUUCUCAGUGAUUUUUAUGACCUACGUUAGAAUACAGGUAAAAACAUGAAUGCAUAAACAGUGAAAUCUCUGUUUAACGGACUGUAUGGAAAGGAAAGUCCGUUAUAUCGAGGGUUCGUUAAAUGUGAAACCCCCAUAUCUUCUAGAUUAUAUGGAAAGAGAAGUCCGUUAUAUGGAGGUUUAACUGUAUUAUAAACUGACUGUGAUAAGUAAAAAAAAAAAUGGAGUGUAGAACAAAACCUCAUUAAAAAUAUGUUAAAUAUC